GUCCACCUUUAACUCCACUGUGUCUGAACCGCCUUUGCCUUUGUGAAGAAACUCUCUCUACCUUUUUCUCUCUCUUCUUAAUUUUCUCACACACCCAUAUAUAUUAUACAUAAACGCACCUCUUUGUGUGUAUUUUUUCUGUCGCCUAACCUCUCAAUACAAGAAUUUGAAGGAGAAAGAACAAGGAAAUAGAAAGUAAUCAUGUCUUCACCAAGCAAGCGCAGAGAGAUGGACUUGAUGAAACUGAUGAUGAGUGACUACAAGGUGGAGAUGAUCAAUGAUGGAAUGCAGGAAUUCUAUGUAGAAUUUCAUGGACCCAAAGAGAGUCCUUAUCAGGGAGGUGUAUGGAGAGUUAGGGUGGAACUGCCAGAUGCCUAUCCUUACAAGUCUCCUUCUAUAGGUUUUGUCAAUAAGAUUUAUCAUCCAAAUGUUGAUGAAAUGUCUGGCUCAGUUUGCUUAGAUGUUAUAAAUCAGACUUGGAGCCCGAUGUUUGAUCUGGUAAAUGUGUUCGAAGUGUUUCUUCCUCAGCUUCUUUUGUAUCCUAAUCCAUCGGAUCCACUGAAUGGAGAAGCUGCUGCUCUUAUGAUGCGUGAUCGGACUGCUUAUGAACAAAGAGUGAAAGAGUUCUGUGAAAAAUAUGCCAAGGCUACAGAUGCAGGGGUUGCCCCGGAAGAGAAGUCUAGCGAUGAUGAGGUGAGCGAAGACGAAUAUGCUUCCAGUGACGAGGAAAUUGCAGGCAAAGCUGAUCCCUAAGUGAAUUGAUAUGACGGGCUCGUUAAAUGUCUGUUUGUACAUGAAAUCAAAGCUCUCUUCUAGAAUAAACUCCAAUUUCUGCUGAACAUUCGACGUUUGCUUUCAAGAUCUGAAAUGUUUACAUUUGUAUGUUAUUUUAUGAUCUCCAUUGUCUUAUUCCUUGAAGCUGUUUUUAGACCACAUCAUAUCUGUUUGGUGCUGUCCAUAUCCACCUGCUCUUGCAUA